AUGGUGAAAUUUCUUACAAUUGAUAUAUCAAGAUGCCUUCUCUGGACACAGAGGCAUCAUCAGACAUGGCCACCAAUUCGUACUGAUGCUUUGACAAAGCCUGUGGAAUUGUUGAUGCUCAACAGACUUAAAGAGAUGUAUUGUCAGAUUAAAGAAGGGGAAGUUGAAGCUGUUGCUGUAGUUCAUUCAUAUGAAGAUGGCAUGCCUGCUGGAUCUCAUAAGACCAGACUAACAGCUCUGAAUGUUCCCCCUAUGGGUCUGUUCUACCCUAUGCUUUUGGUUCCAGAUGUGCAUCCUCCUCCACCCCGUUUUUGGUUUAAUGACUAUGAAGAUAUGCUGGAAGAUGCAUGGCAUAUGGAAUUUCCAAGAAGAAGUGAUAUGUCAGAUGGUUCGUAUUCCAGCCUUAAUAGUGGGUUCCCAAUGUGGGACAGCUACUCAUUUUUUCAAACUAAACCAAAGAAAGAAGAUUGCAUUGGCCUUGCAGAAGCUAUCACAAAGAGCAUUCUUUCAACAGGGCGUAUAGACCUCCAAAGAAAAUUAUUUUGUAGCAUACAACUGUUUGGUGGUGUUGCUUUGACAGCUGGUCUCAUUUCUGCUGCAGAAGAGAGGUUUGUUUAACUCUUGCUUAUGUAG